AGUCUAGAAGUUGCGAUUAUAUAGCAUGAAACUAUCUGAGUUGAAACUUCUGGAAUCUUCUCCUCUUCCACUUCUCGAUCAAUCUCGAUUUUCGUUUCUUAUAAAUUACUCACCGAACCCACUCAUUCUUCUCCAAAACACUCUCAUCCACACACAAAGAAAAUAUCUACGUUUGAUCAUGGAAAGUCCCUUCUUCAGAGGCCAUUGGAGCAACUUCAAGCCACGUCCCCGCUACUCACCUUCCGCCAGAGAGAUUUCGGCCUCAGCCAAGCCAUCUCCGAAGGUAGUUUCGAUCCCUGUCCAUUUUGUCGGCUCGGAACAGAAAAGAUCCGAUUCUGCAUUGAAGGUCCAGAAGGUGUUCCGUGGAUUCUUGGUAAGAAAGAGCUUGAAGAGAAUUGCUGCAAUCAAAGCCGAAGUUGAUGAGAUCGAGAAGAGAAUGUCUCAGAAAGAGACGAUGGUAUUGAUUCGGAAAGACGGAAAGGAGCGGUUGAGGAUGAAUGAGACUCUGAUGAGCUUGCUGUUCAGGUUGGACUCUGUCAAAGGGGUGGAUUCAGGGGUUAGGGAUUGCCGAAAGACUGUGAUUAGAAAAGCAAUUCGGUUGCAGGAGAGGCUAGACGCAAUCGUCACCGGUGGUGACGAACAAUUUCUUGAGGACAAAGAAACUGCUGCUGAAUGUGAAUCUCUUGGUGAUGAUGAUAAGGCCGUCGAACAUACACCAGACUUGGAACGUGAAUCUGCUGAGGUUGAUCCGAGUCAAGAAUCGUCUGCCGAUAAUACGAAUUCCUCCGAAGUCGAACUAGAUCGAUCGCUUGAAAAGGAAGGCGAAGAACCUGAAAUUGAAGAAGAUUGCAAAUCGGAGCUGAAGAAUAAUCUCGCUGAACCGGGGAUUAAUCAGAGGACAGCCGAGGAAGCAAGUGGUGAAACUCUGAAGUCUGAGGACAUAGCUGAUAAUAUGGAGGCAGCUAAAGUAAAAACGGAAGAGAACAAAGAGAGCAAUGAUACGAUGAGUGAGUCUGGUUCGUCAAUCGAUGAAAAAAGUCCAAUCGAAGAAGAAGAAGAUACAGGAAAUAAGAAGGAAGAGAAUGAGAAUAAGGAGAAGAAGAAUAAGAGCAGUAAAGAGCUUCUGGAGAAGAUGAUGGAGGAGAAUGAGAAGAUGAUGGGUUUGAUGGCUGAUCUGUACGAGAGAAAUGAAGUUCAGACGAGAUUGCUUAGUUCUCUGUCUCACAGAGUUGAACAAUUGGAGAGAGCUUACAUAUGCGAUAAGCUGAGGAAGAAGAAGAUGAAGCGUGCUACUGCUGCUCAAUGUCACAGAUAGUCAAUUCAAUAACUAUCUUCAUUUGUUUCUUAAUGUAAAUUUUGAUUUUAAUAAAUGUGUAAGGCAUUGUUUUUUGUGUCAAUUUACAAUUUUGAUUUUAAUAAAUGUGAAACAUUGUAU